AUGUAUUUUUGUCACAAAUGUUUCAAUACAGACGUGCAACCUUCACCAGAGAAAAAUAUAUACUGGCAGUUGAAAUGUGUACCAUAUGAUGGGGUGCCAUUCCAACUCGUGGGCACCAAGAUAUAUGGAUGCCACCAGGGAAAGGACAGGUGUACUUGGCCAAAGGAGAAGUACCAUGCACAAAAAAAGAAACAAGCGCUUGAAGACCAUGUCUUCAAUGCAAGACGCCAUCUUGUACAAAAUAUGAAGAAGAUGGAUUGCCCUGCCCAGAUAACUGUCAGUCAGGUCAUGACAUUUCCUGGUUUCAAGAUUGCAGAGAACAGUAAAGCAAAGAGGAGGGAGCUCUCCGCAGCACUAAAGGCUGUAGUUGCAGCUGAUCCUUCAACAGUUGAAGUAGUCAUGGAAUACCACACAUGCUUCACCCCAGAAAGUGACCAUCAAAACCAUCCAACUGUUGGAGAGGUAGCUGAACUGCGUAAACCGAUGGAUUCCAGAGUUGAACAACAAAUAGUGAAGCUCACCUUGGCUGGUGCCAGAAAGCUCAGUGAGAUUAGACGUCACCUGUUCAAUUUUGUAAAUGACGAGCUAUUCCGGGGGGAGCAGCCACCUCCACGAACACGUCGAAGGUUUUACCCCACAGACAAGGAUAUCAGGAAUAUCUUAUCAAGAACGAAGGAGGGAAUACGUGAAUCCAAAAAUGACCAGGUCAAUCUGCAGCUUCUGACCCCCAGAUGGUUAGUUGAUGACUGCAAAAUCAAGUACAGGCCAAGAGAGCUACAGGAGGACGGAACUAGUGAGACAACAGCAGAUGUCAAAGAAGCCCUCCAGGUGUUUAAGGAGUGGACCCCUGACUGGAGACCUAGCCACUUCAUGGUUGAUUUAUCAGAGGUAGAGAUCGGUGCCCUGGAGGAAGAGUUUCAAGGUUCGAAGGUGCUUCUCUGCGACUUCCAUAGGGAGAAAGCUUGGGUUGAAUGGUGCAGGAAGAAAGAUCAUGGAGUGAGCAACGCACAAGACAGUCUCCUACCGCUUCUGAGAAAUGCUGCUUCAACUUCAGAGGAGUUCGGCUCACGCCUUUGCAAACUGCAGGAGGCCAAAGUCUGGAAAGACAAUGACAAAGUGAGGGCGUGGUUUUCAAAUAAGUGGCUCCCAGAGGCUAAGAGAUGGGUGCACGUGUUUCGGGAUGAAGAUCUCAAGGUGGCCAUCUACACCAACAAUGGGGUGGAAAGACAAAAUGAAACCCUAAAGUAUUCUCAUCUUGAAGGUUAUAAGAACUGCAGCCUCAGUGAAAUACUCACUGUGUUGGUAACUGACUUCCUACCAAGGACAUAUCGGAAGUACAUUGAACUGAACGUCAAGUACUCCUCAGUCUACAGAAGGUACAAUGAGAACAUGCCAAAGUUCUUAAAAGACAGACCAAGAAGUGUAGCAGACCAUGUGAUGUCAAGGCUUACAGAAGCCCAGUUUUAUGAGGCGAAUGACGUUGUUGCAAAGGGCAAUGGCAUGUUCCAUGUCAAAAGCCAAAGUCAUCCUUGCACACAGCACAACAUCAACUUUGGUGAAAGUAUCAUCAUGCCAUCGUGCACCUGCAAAGACUGGGCAAAGCACAAGUUGCCCUGCAAGCACUUCUGUGCUGUUUUUAAUCAUGUGCAUGAAUGGGGUUGGGAGAAACUGGCAUCUAAUUACAGGGAUAACCCCCUCUUCUCCCUGGAUAAUGCAUGUCUGGGACAGACUUCCUGUGAGAGGGAUGGCAGCGGCAGAUCAAACAUCACAGAUCAUACAUAUACACCGGUGAACCAGCUGGCAGAACAGCUCCACAGAGUCCUCACUCAUCUAGAGACAACUUCUACAGCUCCGAUUUCUGCUACGCCACCUGAUGCUAAUCCUGCUGCUAAUCAGGCCGAGGUCAGUUUCUCUCCUGUCCCACUGCGGUUGGCAUCGCCAGAGAAAUAUUCAGGUGAAUCUGGCAACUGCAGAACCUUCCUAGUCCAGUGUGACCUGCACUACAAACUUAACCAAGCCGCGUUUGUGUCAGAUGAGGCUAAAAUAGCAUUUAUGGUCUCCCAUUUAACUGACAGAGCUGCCGCAUGGGCCACUGCGGAGUGGUCAAGAGACUCCAGUAUAUGUGGAUCUUUCACAGCAUUCAAAGACACUAUGAGCAGGAUUUUUGAUCUUACCUCACCUGCCGCUGAGGCCACCCGUGUACUCAUGCAGCUCAAACAGCACCAACGGCCAGUGUUAGAUUAUGCCAUAGAGUUCUGUACCAUAGCCAUAGACAGUGGCUGGAACACCCCAGCAUUAAUAGAAGCCUUCCGGAAUGGACUCUCUGAAACCAUCAAAGACCACCUGGCUCCACUAGAACUACCACAAGACCUGGAAUCACUGAUUUCUAUGUCUAUCCGAGUUGAUAACCGCCUCAGAGAAUGA